GCAGACAUUUCAUCAAUGCGACUGAACAAGACAUACUGGCGCGCCAUACGGCGUUAUUUUCUGGUUUUCACGGCAAUUGCAUUCCUACCCCUGGCUCUGGUCUAUUUGGUUCGCAGUGAACAAAUCUACAAAAUCAAAGGUUAUGAGGCCUCUAAAAUCAAGGAUCAUUUUACCGAUAAAUCGUUUCGUUAUCCCGUCAUGUUGCUUGGCAAAAAUAAGGAUCUAACUGUAGCGGCCACAGGGAACUCGAAAAAAAGAUUUUCCAAAUAUGAUAAAUACAUCAAUGAAACACAUUUACCACUAAUUCCGGAUGAAGCAAUACAAUCGCUAUCCGAAAGUGAUAUGCUCAAAGUGGAGAGGCGCAUGGAGAGAAGGCGCAAAUUUCUGUCGGAGAAAUGUUCGGAACUGGGUUUGGAUGUGGUGGGUAAUGAUUCCUGGCAUAAACCCAAUCCAUGGGAAUUUUUGGUCAAUAAAAAACAUCAUAUAAUAUGGUGUAACGUUUUCAAAGCUGCCUCCUCCUCAUGGAUGUAUAAUUUUAAUGUACUGGCCGGAUAUUCGCCAGAAUUUUUGCGCAAAACCAAAGAGAUAUUUUUGCACUUAGCACGUGAACGUUACCCACGGGUUACUUUAGAUGAGCUACACGAGGCCCAAAACAAUUCUGUGACCUUUUUAAUAGCUCGCCAUCCUUUUGAGAGGCUAUUGAGCGCUUAUCGCGAUAAAUUCGUGUAUGCCAUACCACAUUCACUGCACGAUAAGUUCGGUCGGAAAAUAGUGCGAACAUACAGGAAAAAGAGUCUACAAUUAAAGCCACCGAAAUAUCCAACAUUCCAAGAAUUCGUACGCUGGCUAUUGGAUCAAAUCAAGCAUGACAAUUAUCUGGACAUGCAUUUUGUUUCGUAUACUCGAUUUUGUACACCGUGCCUCAUACAUUUCGAUGUCAUAUUGAAAUUUGAAACCCUGGAAGAGGAUCAAUUAUAUUUGAUCGAAAAGACUGGUCUGAAACAAAUAAUAGCGCCCGAAUGGCAAAAUCCCGGAAAGGGGAAGAAUACAUUGGACCUAUUGCAACAAUUCUAUUCGAAAUUAACGAGAACAGAGAUCGAUGGACUGUAUGAUUAUUAUAGAUACGAUUUUGAACUCUUCAAUUAUAGUGCGACAUCAUAUUUUAAUAUAGCCCGCUCGAAUGAGGAAGAUACUCCGGAACAGUCCGUGUUAUUAUUGGGAAAACCUUCUGCGCCUUGAAAAAUAUAAAGAGACGUUGCAUUAGCUAUUUCCUCGCAUCACAAAU